CCGACAAAAAGCAGUUAAAAGACUGCAGUGAGAGAGAGAGAGAGAGAGAUCCGAUCUUCAUUUAAUCAGCCCUUCUCAAUAAGAGUUGAACCCUUAAUUAGGUAGUCAUUCUCUUGGGCUGUCUUAAUUCCAUCACCAAUCCUGCCCUUGAUCUGUGUGUGUGUGUGAGAGAGAGAGAGAGAGAGAGAGAUCCAAUUCUCUAUGUAUCUGCUUCUGUUGCUAAGGCUGAAAAUAUAGCAAACGGUAUCUUCAGGUAGGUUUUCUUCAUAAUUCCAUCUGCGAGAGAACUUAUCGUAUAAUUUUUUGUAUAUAAAAAGUCAGCAACUGAGAAAACAAACUUGAGAUCUUAGAGAAGAUGACAGAGGAAGUGAUAUCAAAUGGUCUCACUCAGAAUUCAAGUGGUGGAUCUAAUCCAACCCCCAUGAAAAAGAAGAGAAACCUUCCAGGAAAUCCAGAUCCUGAAGCUGAAGUAAUUGCCUUGUCGCCAAAGACCCUAAUGGCCACCAACAGAUUCUUAUGUGAAAUCUGUGGAAAGGGUUUUCAGAGAGAUCAAAACUUGCAACUUCAUAGAAGAGGGCAUAAUCUUCCAUGGAAGCUGAAGCAAAGGACUAGCAAAGAGGUGCGAAAACGAGUUUAUGUGUGCCCGGAAAAGACCUGUGUCCACAACCACCCUUCGAGGGCUCUCGGAGACCUCACCGGAAUAAAGAAGCACUUCUGUCGAAAACAUGGGGAGAAGAAGUGGAAGUGUGAGAAGUGCUCCAAGAGAUAUGCGGUUCAGUCGGACUGGAAAGCUCACUCCAAGACUUGUGGCACUAGGGAGUACAAAUGUGACUGUGGGACUAUAUUUUCAAGGCGAGAUAGCUUCAUCACUCAUAGGGCCUUUUGUGAUGCCUUAGCUGAAGAAACAGCUAGGGUUAAAGCAGCAUCUAACAUCAACAAUGCAGCAGCUGGAAACAUCAAUUAUCAUUUUAUGGGAGCUCCAGUAGGGUCGAGCAUGGCACAGCAUUUCUCUUCUAUUUUCAAGCCAACAAUCUCAGCCAACGAUGAUUCUGGCGACCCGAUGAGACGACUCUCACUGUGGAUGGGCCAAGGAUCCCAAGGUCAUGACUUAAUAAGCAAUAAUCUCCCAGAGAUCCAUCAAAUUGGUCCAGUGAGUUCCAGUGCAAUCUACGGUGAUCCACUCGUUUCGAGUUCGAAUCCUCCACCAUCCAAUUAUCCAUCAAACUGGGACUUUGGGAAUAAGCUUUCUUCCAAUAAUGUGGAAGAAAUAACAAGCACAACACACCCUUUAACCAAUGUUAAAGAUGUUGGAAACCAGGUUUUGAGUGUUCCUUCCUUGUUCAGCACCCAACACUAUUCUCAUCAAACUCCUUCUUCAAACAUGUCUGCAACAGCUUUACUUCAGAAAGCUGCAGAAAUGGGGGCAACCACAACUGACCCAUCAUUCCUAGGAAGCUUUGGUUUGAAGAACAUUAACAAUCAGAUUCAAGAUGGUAACAAAUACUGUGGAUUGUAUGGUGCGAACUCCAUAGCCAGUGGUCUUGGAAGUGAUGUAGAAAGCUCAGUACAUGAUCUUUCUGCUCUGAACCAGUUUCAGAUGUACCCUUCUAAGCGCAGGCACAUUCAGAAUGAAGACGGUACGGGAGGAGGACAAACUAGGGAUUUCCUUGGUGUUGGCAUACAAUCCAUCUGCCACCCAUCAUCAAUCAAUGGAUGGAUUUGAUCAUAUUGGUAUUUGAGUUAUUGAAUAUUUUCUCAAAAAGAAAGCAAAGUUGGUCAUAAAGUGGAGUUGAUUGUUGGGGGGAGGGGUGGAAAAAGAGGAGGAGGGAGAGAGAGAAUUUAGUGUGUUGCAAACUUUGCAAAGAGGGAAAGGUGGCAUUGAGUGGUUGAUGGGAUCUAAAAGUUGUGCUUAGCAUAUAAGUAUCCAAGAGCAGGAGGAGGAGGAGAUACGUGCAUAUUCUUUUGAACUCUGAAAGCUGUUCCCUUUAAAAUGGUAGCUUUUGUUUAUGAUAAAAGGGGGUGGAAGUAGUGGGGGCAAAGCAAGGGGCCCUUUUGAACUCCAUUAUUGCUAUCUGUAAUAUCUGUUGUAGUUCCUAUCUUUUCAAACAAGAAAAUAAAAAUACUAUUUCUGUGGCAAGAAAAGCUUGAUUCUAUGUUAAGAAG